GAUGAAUCUGAUGAUGAACUUGACAAGUGGAAUGAAGACGAUGAACGAAAGCAAGAGGAAGGCGACAGUGAAGUGGAUGGGGAAGAUGAAGAAGACAAAAAGGCUAAAAAUGACUUUUUAGAUGAUGAAGCAGAUGAAAGUGAUAAUGAUGAUGAUUUUGAUAAUGGCAGAGAUGACAUUGACUCAGGAUCUGAGGGAGAUGUCAGUGAUGAUGGUGAAAAUGACAAUACUGCAGAUGAAAACUCUGUUCUUAGUGAUAGUGAAUUUUCUGUUUUAAAAUCUCAUCACUCUAUGAAAAAGAAACCAAAACAAACAAAAGAAUCAACCAUUCAUCCUAAGGAGGAAACUAUGGAUCUUUUUGGUUUUGGUGACAGCCGUUCCAGAGGACCGGAAAAUGAUGGUUCUCUAGAAAAUAACAGUAACAGUGAAAAAGGUACUGGAGAGAGUGUGGAAAGCCUUUGUCUGCGGCUAGACAGUUUGGAAGACGGUGAUGAUACAAAUUUCCACUUUCCUAGCUCGCCAUUAUUAUCAAAGAUGAAGGCUAAAAGCAAAAAUGUGGCCAAUAUUUCUGAGGCAUCACAGGAGUCCAGCCAGUCAAGUUUUGGGGGAGGGUUAGGUUCAGAGUUUGGUGGGAAUGCGAACAGUCUUGAAGCCAGCAGUGACAGCAAUGUGAUACCCCCUGGACAGGGGGAUAAUAGAGUCCUUGGAAUGGAUGAAGACAGAAGUCCAGGAAAGAAAACACCCGAGAUAUUCUCAUCUUUUUCCAGAGUCAGACACCUCAUGGGCAUGGGAAAUUAUGGUGAUGCACUGUCUGUAAAGAAGGUAAUAAUUCUGAUAUACUUUAUUUUGCUUUUACUUGGUGUGAAAACAGUGAACUUAGCUCAGAUGUGUUUUUACUCUCACAAUAGAGAGCAAAGGCAUGGCUAAUUUAUGCAUUUAUAUCUCAUGCAUAAGACCUACAAAUUUAUUCCAUUUGUUUUUCAGUCUGGUAAAUUAUCUCAGCUCACACUUCCUGUUGAAGAUUCCCAGGUAGGUGAUACAAUUCACAUAAACUACUAAUGUUGAUUCACUGAUAUUCUCUGUUGAAUUUCUCUUACUCUGUAUGGGUACCUGUAAUUAUCAAAUUCUUUAUCUAACAGAGAGUUCUGUUCUAUAGUGUAUUCUGGGAAAAAAAUUCAAUUUGUGACUGGAAAAUUUUGCAAAGUUAUUGAGAUUUUGAUUGAAAUUUAAAGUAAAACCAAUUUAUUUUCAACCAACUUAUUUUUCAGGACCUGUUUGAUCAUGAGAGUGAUAGGAAUGUUGAAGACAACAACUCUCAGCUACUAAAAACAGGAUCAGAGCCCAUGUCUAGUGAUUUCAACUUUUCUCUUGAUGAAGACACACAGUUCACUCAAAUACUGAAUACUCAGGGGUUAGUCUUACCUUCCUUGGAAGUUCUAUGGUUUUGCCUUUUUUCUGACUCUUUCAGAUGUACAGGUGUACACAGUGAGUUAGGAAAGUCCUGUCUUGUAAUCCUUGGCUAGUUGGUUUUCCACUUGGGCCAGUGGAUUCAUUCAUCAUUUGCUUAAAAAGCAAGUCAAAAAUUUUCACUUUUCUGUCUGCAACUGAGGAAAAGCCAAUGAGCAGACCCUUUGGAAACGUGGAAAAGGUUACAACUUGCCCAAAGGCUAAGCUGAAAAAUCAAUUUUCUUUGCAUCCUUGUGUACGUCAUUUUGUUUUGGUUCAGAGUUCCAUUAUUGAAUGGCUCUCACGGAAAAAUCCCCUUUGGUUUUAUGUUCUCUAUAAAGGUGCAGUAAAUUUUUGCAUGCUUCUUUACAUAUUGAAGUCUUAUCCAAAAAAAAUGGUUAGAAUUUUUAUUUUUUAUUUUCCUUAUGCUCUUUUGUACUAUGUUGAUUAAAAAAUAACCUAUGGAGAAAUGUCAACUUUUCUGGCUGAUGUUGAUCACUGCAUUGCAUUGUAAAGACAGAAAAAAGGUACAGAAUGGCUUAGAGAGCUACAAAUUAAAAGAAAGAGGACAUUUUCUGACUAGUGAUUUGUAAAAUAGACCAGUGAUCCCAAGCACAGGUUUGGAUUCCUUUGGAGCCUGAAUUUUUUCCACAUGCUUCUUUUCUGCAUUGCUAAAGUUAGUCACCUGUGAGAUCAUGGCUUUGAUUUUCAAUCCACAGGGCAAGUAAAAUGUUUUUUAUGAUGGGAUUAAUACUGAAAAUUCUGGGAGAUGGAAAAUCAUCAAGAAUUCAACAUUUAUCUCAGUCUAUGUAAUCUUGUUAUGAAUGCAACAUACAUAUAAUAUGCUUGUAGUUUUUAAGCUGUUUUCCAUAUUCCCAAUAAUUUGUGUUUUUCUUUCUUUCUGGAGCAAAAAGUUGUCACAAUGACUGCUAACAAUACAUUUGCAUCAUGUUGUUAUUUGCUUGUUUGUUUAUAUUUCCAUUGCAGCUUCCUGAACUCCAGUAAAAAGAGCCAAGCAAAGACAAAGAAACUUUUUGAUGACAAAAUCAGUGGGAAUACCCAGCCAGCCAUGAAGGAGCUGCUUGGGUUGUGUUCUGGAAGAUUUAGUGACAACGAAGACAGCCAACCUCUUCAUAACACCGAAAGUCAAAAAAAUACAAAGGGGCAGAAGAAAAACUCAAAAUUUGACACACAAAGCAAGCAACACAAUAUGAGUGAACUACUGGGUUUAUGUUCAGGGAAGUUUAGUGAUGGUGAUAAUGAUGAUGAGAUAGUUGAUGAUGUGUUAGAAAGGCAGGAAAAGGAUCCAGAGCAAAGCAGAUCAGAGGUUGACGAAGAAGAGGGAAAGAUUGAUGGUGACGAGAGCGACAAAAAACAGGGCAAGGAGAGUGAUGAUGGUGAUGAUAAUGAUGAUGAAGAGAGUGAUCCCGAGGAGAUGAUUCUUAAAAGAAAGUAUGGCAAGACUUACGGGACAGAGAAAAAGUAUGUUAUUCAUUGACAUGUUUAUUUUUUUUUCACUUUUUUGUAGCUCUUACCACAUUAUUCUUAUCAUUGACAUCUGAGGUGAUUUUGAUUUAAACCUUUUUACCCUUUAACUCCCAAGAUCUCAUCAGUAGUUCUCCUUACAGUCUGCCAUAUAGUUCUUGUGAUGUUAGUUUGGAGAAUUUGCUAUUGGAUCAACUAAUAAUCCCCAAAUUGAUAUUUUUCUUUAUUCUCAUCACUUAUCUGCUUGAAAUUAUAAUGAUAUGGUAAGGAGAAAUUCUGUCUUGGUCACUCAUGGGAGUUAAAGGGUUUACCAAUUUAAUUGUCUAGCAUCUAAUUUCUCCCUACAAUAUUCCCUGAAUCAAACAUGAAGGUCACAAGAAUAUUAUAAGAAAAUGAUCACCAAUAAAAGCAGCUCUUGAUUCUUACACAAAUUCUCCUUGUCAGCUCCUUAGGAAAUGUAUAGAGAACAGUAUGGAGAAUAUGCAUACUGAUGUUAGGGUAUAAAGGGCUAACUGCUCUCCUGUUUGGAUGCGUAUAGGAACGUUUUUGACAAGAGGAAUUUUUUGGAGGAGGAAGCUGAGCUGUCGGGCAGUGAUGUAGGAUCUGAUGAAGAUGAAGAUAUUGCCACAGAUGAUGAUGUUUUGGACGAAGAGUCUGGAGGAGAGGAUUUACCAUCUGAUGAAGAACUGCAGAAACAGAUUAAUAAAGUUCAUAUGUAAGCGGUAUUUAUCAUCAAAUGAACAGAUCUGUGGGUUUAUUUCUUGUACUUAUGAUAUUGCGGACCUUGCGGGGCUUGCUAAAAAUUUAUUUGAGAUUUCUUAGCGGUAAUCAGAGUAUUGCUGUUCCUUGUAAAAAAGGUUUUUAUCUGUUGCCGGUAAACCCCUUCCCCCCUCCUCCCUUCCCCUCUCCCCAGAAAUUUGUUAAGUUUUAAGCAAAUUCGCAUUCAUAGUCCUGGGAAAAGAGGGGCUUGUAGGUGUGAAGUGUUUUGCCUCUAGAAUAAAACACCGUAAUCCAGCAAAGGUUGAUAGAGGUCUGGAACCCAAGGCCACAGCUCUGCGCCGAGGUACUGACACAGAAGGAGUUCUGCAAAAGAAAAAAUUCUAUACCUUUCUUGCAGGAAAUCAAUCCACGACCAGGACAACGCGGAACUAAGAGCUGUCAAAGAAAUGUUUCUUCCUGAUGGCGAUCUAUACUCAGAUGGGCAGGGCCGGACAAGGCACUUCCGAUGGAGGGGUAUUGAUGAGAAUUCACAGUUUAAUCUGUUCGGUGAUAAAGGCUUGUGGGGCGACGAAGAGGGAGAGGCCACUGAACUGAGUACCGAGGAAGAGAUACAGAGACGCAAGGAAAGAUAUGAAAGAGAAACGUUUCUGAGAGAAGAACUGGUAGGGUGAAACUCUCUUUGGCCCCUAUGCCAUAAGAUAAAGCAAUUUUUUUAAUUGAGUAAGAAAAGUCAUUCGGGAUUGCGUUGGUUUUGCAUCACAUUGGUAUGCCAUUGGUCUAGAAAAUUGGCGCCAUUCUCCGGACCAAUCGUUUGUAUAGCUGAGAGCAAACGCACCCGGUCACUGGUGUUUUCCCGCGCUUGAGGUCGAUUGCAUCUUUUGAUUGGUUGAGGUGAUAGCUUUGGUUUUCUUUUUUAUGUGCGUGUAACGAGCCCAUUUCUAGACGCAAACAAGCUUACUGAGUCUUUCAAAUUCUUUGGAGUAUUUUUGUAUUUCUGAGCGGUGAAGCAAUUGAUUUCUUUGCCUCUGUUUUAUUUUACUUUCAACAGGAAAAAAAGAAAGAGAGUAAUAUGUUAGAUAUCGACGAAAACAGCCAAAAUAUUCUCAAUAAAAUUAAAGAUACGAGCAGUCAAUUACCAGAAGGUAGGGCCAGGGCUUCUGUUUUCUUUAUUGACGUUUUUUCACCAAUUUUCUCAACUUUCGUUCCCAGUUUUCUACGUAACUGUGCUUAAUAAUUAUGUUUCUUCCUUUUCCCUUUCAUCCUUUUUGUGUGUCGUACAGCUCCAGUGAAGCCUCAAGCAAUCAUACUGAACUACAAAAACAACGUGGCACCAGCGGUAAAGAAAAAAAAUGUAAGUGUGCCGAGACGCGGCUCCCUGUUUGUGUGGGUACAACUGAAGGGACUUCUUGUACUUAAGAACUAUUUAAGUAGUGUUCAUUACUGCGAUGAUCACUCUCGGCUUCAUUUAUUAAUCCGCAGUUCAAAUUUAAUAUAUUCAGAUAAUCAUAGUCAUUUACUCAUCACUUCACGGGUUUAUUAAGAACCAAAAUAAUGACCAGUUACCAAUUAGCUUGUUAGCUGAGUUGGUAGACCACUACACCGGUAUCAGAGGUGUCAUGGGUUCAAAUCCUGUACAGGCCUGAAUUUUUUUCCACGCUUUAUUUUCACUAUUCCUUAAGUGGUGUUCAUUAUUGCGACGAUCUCUCUCAUUCUCGUUUAUUAAUUCGCAGUUCAGAUAUAUGAUAUUCAUAUAUUCACAGUCGUUCACUAAAGGGACUGUUAAUCCACUUCAGUAUUCCUACGAACGGUCUGUUUCAAGCUCCUCUUUUUGUGAAUUCCAAAGUUAUAAUCGAAAGUUUGUCAAGCAUUAUUUUUGUCUUCUUUUGCAGUCAUUUAAAGGAUCAUUUCUGAAGCACAGUAAAACGACUCUGUCAAGACUUUCAUCGCUCACAUCCAAUACACCAAAUGCGUCCGCCACAACACGAGGAUUUGUGUUCCACACUGUGUCACCUUCUGGCAAGAACGACUCUAAUGCAAAGGUA